AUGGCUCAUUCCUUGUUUGACUUUGAUAUCAACGUUCGUUUAGAGGACGAUGGCGACGGCAAUGUUCCCUUGGAUGUCAAUGAGCAUGAAGAUGACGACGGCAACGCUGGAUUCGAUUUGAACUUGCCACUUGAUGAAUUUGGAGCUGUUGAUUUUGAUUAUGUACAAAACCUAGCUGACCAUGCCGAACAAGUGAACCAACUGAAGCAUGAUUAUUCUAAUCAUGUUAGACAACAAGUGUACCAAGCUCUGUUGAUGAGAAGCAAGAAUGGAAAACUUGGCAAGAACGACACAACAAUUGUUGGUCAACAAUUUGGAGUAAAGAUUAGAACAGUUCAGCGCAUAUGGGAGCAAGGUAAAGAACAACUUGCUCAAAAUAUUCCAGUCAAUGUUCAUAAUCGAAAGAGAGGUAGAAGUGGUCGUAAAGCAAUCCCUAUUGACUUGGAAAAAUUGAGGGACAUUCCUCUCAAAAAUAGAAUGACGAUAGAAGAUGUGGCUAGAGAACUUGGUGUUAGCAAAUCUAGGAUACAAAGUUAUUUGAGAAAGGGCUAGCUUAGGCGCCACUCUAGUAGCAUCAAACCUUACCUCACUAGUGCUAACAAGGAGACUAGGUUGAAGUGGUGCAUUGACAUGAUCGACCAAGGUUUGCUUGAUGAUCCAAAGUUCAAGGAUUUGUUUGACUUUGUGUUUAUUGAUGAGAAAUGGUUCUAUCUCCAUCAAAAAUCUGAGAGAUACUACUUGCUACCCGAUGAAGACGAACCACACCGCACUUGCAAGAACAAGAAUUACAUCCCUGGGAUAAUGUUUUUGUGUGUUGUUGCUCGGCCAAGAUUUAGAGAUGGAGUAUGUGUGUUUGAUGGCAAAAUAGGUUGUUUCCCACUAGUUACUGUUGAGCGAGCUAUUAGAGGUAGUCAUAAUCGGCUGCGUGGUGAGCAAGUAAUCAAGCCAAUCCAAUCAAUCACAAGGGAUGUCAUAAGAGAUUUCAUGAUAAAUAGAGUGUUGCCGGCAAUUAAAGCAAAGUGGCCAAGAGAAGAUGUGCACAAGCCAAUUUUCAUACAACAAGAUAAUGCUCCAAGCCAUUUAAAAGUGAAUGAUCCUCAGUUUUGUGAGAUUGCAA